AUGAUGUUCCCAUCUCAAUCAACGCUGGACAACACCUUUGCGGCUCGGGCCGGCUUUGGCUUGUCAAUGGCCCAGCCUGCUCCUGAAAAGCCAAGUAAAUACCAGGCUAGGCAGGAUCUCUACUCCGCCUGGAGUGCCGUGGACGAUGUCAAAUCAAAGGCUGGCCAGUUGAGCAAGGAGGCCGCUAGAGAACUUGAAAUUGCGAGCCAGAAGGCCCAAUCCAAGGCGGGCAAGCUUGAGAUGUAUUCAACCAAGUACUACCUCGCCUGUAUCACUGGUGGUCUGCUGGCUUGUGGUCUCACCCACACAGCCGUCACUCCGUUGGAUCUUGUCAAAUGUCGCCGUCAGGUCGACUCCAAGUUGUAUAAAGGAAACUUCGAGGCUUGGGGCAAAAUCGCCCGGGCUGAAGGUGUCCGCGGCAUCUAUACUGGUUGGGGCCCUACCUUUUGGGGUUACUCUGCCCAAGGAGCGUUUAAAUAUGGAGGCUAUGAAUACUUCAAGAAGACCUACUCCGAUCUCGCUGGCCCCGACUAUGCUCAUCGUUACAAUACUUGGAUCUAUCUUGCUGCCAGUGCUUCGGCAGAGUUUAUCGCUGAUGUUGCUCUUUGUCCCUUUGAGGCUGUCAAAGUCCGGAUGCAGACUACCAUUCCACCGUUUGCCAGCGGAACUGUCAAUGGCCUAAGUCAGAUUACUGGAAAGGAAGGUUUUGGCGGGCUUUACAAGGGUCUUUAUCCUCUCUGGGGUCGUCAGAUUCCCUACACUAUGAUGAAGUUUGCUUCGUUUGAAACCAUUGUGGCAAUGAUCUACGACUACCUCCCUGGCACAAAGGACGACUACAGCAAGCCUGCGCAGGCAGGUGUCUCUUUUACCGGCGGUUAUCUUGCUGGCAUUCUCUGCGCCGUUGUCUCCCACCCCGCCGACGUGAUGGUCAGCAAGCUUAAUGCCGUUCGUCAACCCGGCGAGGCUUUCGGUGCUGUUAUUAGCCGCAUCUACGCCGACAUUGGCUUUGCUGGACUUUGGAACGGUCUCCCGGUCAGAAUCGUCAUGAUUGGUACCCUUACUGGUCUCCAAUGGAUGAUUUACGAUUAUUUCAAGAUCUACAUGGGAUUCCCUACCACGGGAGGAACUGCUCCUCCUGCGGAGAAGAAGUAG